GUGGGGACGCCUACGCGCCUGUGCGCCGCGGGCUGACCGAGCCGAUCCUCCCCGGCGGAGCCGGCGCUGGGUCCCGAGGCCGCAGCCGCGUCUUCUUUCGGCUCUGCCACCAGCCGGGGCUCGGGCCCGAGCCCGGGCCCCCGGGACAUGGCCCUGCGGAAUUUGCAGGGAGAUGGCCCCACCUCCAGCCGCUGGGACGGCGGCGCGGAGAAGGCAGACUAUAAUGUCAAAAAGAAAAAGAAAGUGUUAGAGAUAUAUCAGGCUCUGAACAGUGAUCCCGCUGAUGUGGCUGCCCUCAGGCGCAUGGCUAUCAGUGAAGGAGGACUCCUCACUGAUGAGAUCAGGCGAAAAGUAUGGCCCAAGCUCCUCAACAUCAACACCACCGAUCCAACCCCAACAUCAGGGAAGAACCUACGACAGAUGAGCAAAGACUACCAGCAAGUGCUGCUGGACGUCAGGCGGUCUUUACGGCGCUUCCCUCCUGGCAUGCCAGAGGAGCAGAGGGAAGGGCUCCAGGAAGAACUGAUCGACAUCAUCCUCCUCAUCUUGGAGCGUAACCCUCAGCUGCACUACUACCAGGGCUAUCAUGACAUCGUGGUCACAUUUCUGCUGGUGGUAGGCGAGGAACUGUCAACAUCCCUGGUAGAAAAACUGUCUACCCACCACCUCAGGGAUUUCAUGGAUCCAACAAUGGACAACACCAAACAUAUAUUAAACUAUCUAAUGCCCAUCAUUGACCAGGUGAAUCCAGAGCUCCAUGACUUCAUGCAGAGUGCCGAGGUGGGGACCAUCUUUGCCCUCAGCUGGCUCAUCACCUGGUUUGGACAUGUCCUAUCUGACUUCAGGCACGUCGUGCGGUUAUACGACUUCUUCCUGGCCUGCCACCCACUGAUGCCCAUUUACUUUGCAGCUGUGAUCGUAUUGUAUCGAGAACAGGAAGUCCUCGAUUGUGACUGCGACAUGGCCUCAGUCCACCACCUGUUGUCCCAGAUCCCUCAGGACCUACCCUAUGAGACAUUGAUCAGUAGAGCAGGAGACCUCUUUGUUCAGUUUCCCCCAUCUGAACUUGCUCGGGAGGCGGCUGCCCAGCAGCAAGCUGAAAAAACGGCAGCCUCAACCUUCAAAGACUUUGAGCUAGCAUCUGCCCAGCAGAGGCCAGAUAUGGUGCUGCGGCAGCGGUUUCGGGGACUCCUGCGACCUGAGGAUCGAGCUAAAGAUGUUCUGACCAAACCAAGGACCAGCCGCUUUGUGAAACUGGCAGUGAUGGGGCUGACGGUGGCCCUUGGAGCGGCCGCUCUGGCUGUGGUGAAAAGUGCCCUGGAGUGGGCCCCUAAGUUUCAACUGCAGCUGUUUCCCUAAAUGCCAGAGAAGACACUUCUUCCUACAUUACAUCAAGUCUCACCCUUCCGUGGAAGGAUUGGGAGGGGUGGAAAUUUCCUUUAUUAAAAGGGUUUCUUUCAAGGGUUUUCUAUUCCUGCCACCCUUCCCUGCCUGCCCAUGGUUUGCCUUUGCUUCAGAGGCCUAAUAGCAGAACCUGCCUGACAGUGGGCACUUGGGAGCCUGGGCACUGGAGCUCUCUCCUUCUCAGUGGGCUUCUGAGUGGGCUUUCCAUUGCCACCUCUUGUGUUGGAGGAAAUGGGUUAUUUUAGCUCCUGGCUGCCUUUGGAACCUGCUGGGCCUGGUUACUGGGGACCCUCUUGUCUGCCCAGUAGUAAGGAAGCUGGACCAUGGAAUGCCCUUCUCACAGCUCGUCCUGUUGUGUCUGCUUCAGCCAGACAAGGAAAGAAGGAGCUGUUGCUGAAGAACCAGACCUUGGCGUGACAGGUGAUGCUAGCCCAGGAACAAAAUUGGCCUCUCUUAAGGGCAGCUCCAUUAGGUGGUCAGAAGUCAGAGACAGAUGUGAACUAGGUUACUAGGUAAAUUCUACCUGUUUUCAGUCUAGAAAUCAGUUGGGCGUUUCCAGUCAAACGGGAAGGAAUGUUGUUUUAGGGCUCAAACAUUACUGGUUUUGCCUGCCUCUUUUUGGCUCUGUUCUUUUCCAUAAGCCACAUGACACUGCUUAUAAAAUACUUUUUAUUACUAUUUUUAGAAUAAUAUACAUCUAACAUGUAAAAUACCCUCACUCUAAAACUAAUAGUUCCUUCAUGGAAAAAAGAGUUCUUAUCAAAAGGAUGAGCUUCUAAGACCCUGAAGUUUGCUUUCUACUCAAUUAUUUAACAUUUUACUUUAACUCAAAGAUGCUGUUUGUAAACAGCCACACAUUUCCUAACUGCCCACUUGUGCAGCCAUCCUUCCUUCCUGUUUUCCUCAAUACCCCCUACUAUUCCCAAGUAUGCACCCACUCACUAUAUUGGCCUCAUUUUGGGGGGUUUAUCUCCUCAACUGCUGGUGUUUCCUUCCUGGUUGAAAAUGUCACUGGAAAGUCAUUAGAAACUUGUCAGCACCCAGAAAGGGACACACUGCAGCCUGAAGAGUGUGGCAGAAACCUGGAACAGCCAGCUCCCUGCCCUGAGCUUCCUGAGGACUCUCCAGGCCUAGGGGAACAAGAUGGGUUAUUCAGUCCUUCUGGGACAGCUUUUCCUUUAAGCAAAAAGCCAGGUUUGUUUUAGAUUAACGCUGGCUUUUUUAAAAAGUGCCUUUUGCUGCUUAAAAUAAUUGAGGUGUAGAGUAUGAAGCAGCCAUGAACUUUACUUUCCUGGUCUCUCAGCACCGUUCUCUCUUAGCAGGUGUUUUCUUAAAGUGAACAUCCCAGAAGCAGUCUGUCUUACCAUACCUAGAUCUCCAGAUCUUCCCUGCAUGCCCACUGUGUUCAGAGAGCAGAGGUCAUUUAGCGUGCCAGCCAGCCAGUGGCCCAGAGCAGUUAGGAAGAUGUCUAUGCUGAGUUAGACUAAAUUACAUUAAGCACUUUAAAACCAAAAAUGCUCAAAGUGGUGGGUCAUUCUUCAUAACAGGAGUCCCACUGGAGUGAGUGUGAUGUGGAUGGAUUAAUCUAGAAAGUGGUGGAUUCGUGAAGACAAAGGAAAUUCUUCCAGGAUCUGGAGGUGAUGAUGCAACAGAUACUCCUAGUCUCCUCCCACAGCAGGCUUGUCCCCUUACCAUCUUCACGAAUGGACAGCAGCGUCAGCCCCACCUGCACAAGUAUCAGGCCUGUCUGUAAAUACUGAAGAAAUUGAUGGGGAAGAGGAAAGGUGGGGCAUGUGACCAGGGUUCCAAGGCCACAGCUUUUUGGAUCCCAGAAGCAAGUGGCAUUUGCUUCUGUUGUGGCCUAAGAAAGAGAAAGCUCAUUUGUUUUAUAGCUUUGCUGACAUCAGGAUUCUCCCUGCCAAUGAGAAGAAAACAUUAACUUUUUACCUUCAGGUGGUUUACUAUUCUGUAAAGAAUAUGUGUAAAUAUUUUGUAUAGAGCCCUGUCUGAAAUAAACAGCCAUACGUAGUUACUAA